AUGAGAAAAAUAAAGUACUUAUCCACAUUGUGGAAACACAAAAAAAUUAAUAUCUUUAAUCAUAAAAAUUAUUACACGAAUAAUUUAUCUCAAAACUUUUUCCACAGUCAUAAAAACAAUCUAGAUAAUAAUAAUUAUAAUGGAACCAAUUUAAGUGAAAAGAAUAAAGUGAAGCAUGUUAAAUGUCCAAAAUGUAAUAGCAACAUUAGUACUGAUAUAGUAUCUUUUAAUUGUCAAGUGUGUAAGGCGUUAUUUAAUGUUGACAUUUUUAAAAAUUUUAACAUUUUUGAACUUUUCAAUAUAGAAGCAAACUACGAUAUUGAUAAAAAUCAUUUAAAAAAAAAGUUCAAUGAAAUUCAAAAUAUAUAUCAUCCAGAUAAAAAUGCCCAAAACGUAGAAGUCGAUGAAAUAAACCAAGUGUCUAGUUAUCUUAAUAAUGCAUAUAGGACUUUAUCAAACGAUGUUGAACGGGCAUUAUAUUUAUUGAAAAUAGAAUACAACUAUAUGAUAUCAGAGGAUGAAUGCAUGGAUGAUGAUGAAUUUCUAUCAGAAAUUAUAAAAAUUAAUGUUGAAAUCAGUAAACCAGAUGCGAACAUUGAAUUAUUAACAAGGGAAUAUAAACAAAAAUAUGAGGAAUAUUCAAAAGAAAUAAAAUUACAUUUCAAGGAAAAGAAUUUUAAUAAUAUAUUGAAUGUGCUGAAGAAGUUAAAGUUCAUAAAUAGAGUGCUUGAAAGACUACAAAAUAUAUAA